CCGGUUGGCUUGCUGUCUUCAAUAGAGUGACGUCCUGCCUCGUUCUGAGCGCAGGGUAAGAUUUGUCGCAGUAAACACCACCGAAAAGGCGAGAAGGGUACAUAUCUUAAAAUCAACUUUCGAGGAUACGAAAAACAGAACUGAAAAUGAAAUUAUGAUUUCUCAGUUGUAGCAGUUGAUAUCAGGUGAGUAAGAAUCGUUCCACUAAGCACAGAACUACUCAGACAAAAUGGCGGCCAGCAGAGGUCCACAUGUAAAAGAUAUAUUUUCACAGAAAAGCACACCGUCGAACAACUUUGUAUCCACAACCUACCCUGCAACUGGGUUUCAUUUUGACAAAUCGACAGAUGACACAAAACCAAAACCGAAAUCUACAAAGAAAACAGCUGCGCCAUCUCGUCCAAAAUUUGGAGAUUACAAACCCAAAAUAUUGCAAGUGGACAGUGUAAUCAAUGUGCCAGUACCUCAGUACAAGCCGCCUUCGGCUGUUCCAAAGGAGAAACAAAACGGAUUUGGUGCCAAACCACUUAUUAUUGGCGACAAGGACGUUCCCAUCGUGAUUGAACCGAUUGAACCGAUCGAUGAUGACGUGUAUACGGAAAUAUCCGAUUAUUCGCUUUCAGACGAGGCGGCGCGAAGUAUACACGACGGAGAGCAGACGACAACGAAUCCUCUGUUUGAUAAUGGCGCAAAGACAUCUCACGAUCGCGUGGUGGAAUCUCACAAAAAACAUUCUAGUAGUAGACACACACCUCGCUCCGUGCAACAUCAGACUGUAAACGAAGAAAUAAACGGAGUAUCGGUUCCCGAACCAGAUUACGAGGAAGACGAGGUCACGAUGGACUUUGACGGAGAAGUGGAGAUGGAUCAGGAUGAUACUACGAAACAUCGCCCCAAGUCUGUGUACAAGGAUUUUCAAGGGGAAGAUUUUUCGAAAUAUUUGAAUGAUGAGCUGGAGAGCGAACCCAACACGUACAGACAAAGGAGAAACGGUAACGUAGGAAACCAGACCGAGGGAAAGCGAUACAAGAAACGGGAUGGUCGUACCGCACAAACUAUGUUCGGAAGCACGAGCAAACACAGGCAAUUCAAAUCGGGAUCUGUACGUAACUACAGCGUGGAAGAUACAAAACUAGGACUCGCUGUGGACGGAACAGUUAAAGGAAAGUCUCUUAGGAAUGGAGUGAACUAUGGCACGACGUACGAGACGUUUCUCAAUUCACGUCACGGAGCCGAAAUGGGAAAUGGCGGCAUGGACAACAGGGGUCUGGAUACUAGUAUUGAAGAAUCGUACAACAUAGACAAAAAACAAACACUCUGGAAAAAAAUUUACGUGGAGGCUGAAGCGUCAGAUUGUUUUGAUGCAUUGAAUGCUAUUGACGUCUGAAUCCUUUUAAUGCAAUUGUUAUGACGCUGACGCACUGAAUUUUUAUUAUAUAACGCAAAGAGUCUUCCUUGUUCACAUAAUUAAACAGUACAUAACAAACAAGAACAGAACAAGAGUCACAUGUGUUGAUAAAUUAUGUGCUGUGGUGCCUAAUAAUUGAGUUUAUCAGCACUCAUUGAUAAAAGUAUAAAAAUCCUCGGCAAGCCUCGGAUUUCAUACUUUCAUCAACUCGUGCUGAUAAAUUGUGAUGUCACAAGACACUCGGGAAGUAUCCUCUCUAUAUUACUAACUGCAACAUUGCCUCUUUUUUUUAAAACUGAACUGUCCUGAGUUUGUUGCUAUCGUUAAGAUGUUGUCGACUAACAGCUAGAGACGUUUUAAUGACAAGUUGUAUAUUAAAUAAAUUGUUCUGUAUAAAUCA